AUGGUGAUGAUAGCAACGAUGGAUCAAGCCAUUUCCCGCAUUCAUAGAAUGACCCAAAACAAGCAAACCUUUAUUCACACAGUCGUGAUCAAGGAUACAGUAGAAGAAGGGCUUAUGGACAACGUGCUCCGGAAAAAGAGCGAAUUGUUCCGAUCGGUCGUGGAGGAUGAGGAUCAUGGUCAUGCAAAAGGUGUUGAUAUUGUUAUGCUCGACGCGGAAGAAGAAUAA